CAGCGCAGCAAAUAGCACUCAGGAAGCAAAUGCAGUGUAGUUUGCUCUGCAAGAAGAGUGGAGAGAAUAGUUAGUGAGGUUAGGAAGAAGAUAGAGAGAAGAGAAAAGAUUGAUUAAGGAAUACUUACACUCAUCCAUCAGAAGCAACCCUAAAGGGAAGAUGGAUCCCAGCAAGGCCUCUGCUCCCCCUCCUGGCUGGAAUCACGAUGAAAAAGCAGGAAUGGCUCAUCCACCACCACCCUACCAAGACCAUCUUCAGUACCCAAAUUCGGGGGCUUACCCACCCCCAGGGGCCAUGCACCCCCAAGGGGCCUACUACCCGCCUGGGCCUGGGGGUCCUCCAGCAGGAGUCCACAUGGGCCAGCCUUACCCUCAAGCCCAGUACCCUCAAGGCCAGUAUCCGCAGGGCCAGUAUCCACAGGGCCAGUACCCGCAGGGUCAGUACACCCAAGGAAACACGGUUAUGGUCCAGCCUACGACGGUGUUUGUGACCCACUCACCUCUCACCCAUCCGGUGCCGGACUACUUGGCUUAUUCCAUAUUCACUCUGUUGUGCUGCUGCCUCCCACUUGGCAUUGCAGCCCUCAUCUACUCUAUUUCUACUCGUGAAGCCAAUAGCCGAGGCAACCGACCAAUGGCUGAGAAGAACUCCCAAACAGCACGGAAACUGAACCACGCCGCCGUCGGCAUUGGCCUCACCAUCCUCAUCCUCUACAUCGUCUCGAUUAUCGUCUUAGGUGGUAUCCACUAGUCCUCUUCUGGAAAGUUCCAAAGGGAUGGCUGUCUUUCCAGCACAGCGGGAUUACUUGUUAUGUCUUCAUUGUAUACGACUUAGUACACAGCAUGGAUGUCUUGUAGGUUUAUCUGAGGAGACCGUAUUUGCCAAAAUAUGACUCAUGCCAUGAUUCACAUGGAUGAAGAUAAUGUAGAAGUUCAACUAAAAGUCAUGAAACAUGUUGUCUUUAGAAGUGCCAUUGUCUAGGCAGUGAUCUUCUGACUGCUCAGAGUGUGGUAGAGCAUCUUUCUAUACAUGCACCACUUACAUAGCUCUUUUGAACAGUUCAUUUCCAAUUCAUUUCCAGAGAAACUUGAUCAUAUUUGUAUAGGUUCUAACAAUAACUGACCAUAUGCAUUUGAUUGUAUGCCUUAUGUCUGUUCAAAUUAUUCUGCGAUAUUCAUUUUGAUGUGAAAGUGGCAUCCAAAAAGUAGUGUCCUGACUCCUGACCAAAAUCAAUCUAUGUUUAGUUGAGAAUUAUAGCAUCACAUUGUAAACUAUUGAAAACUACAGUAUAUAAGAUGGUUUAUUUGAAAACAUGUCUCCCUUUUUUGAUAUGUCUCAUGUUUUGGUAUAGAUAUUAUGAAUGUUAUUUUUGGGGCAGAAUAUUAUUGGAGCACACAUUUUAUUCAGAAAAGCCAAAGCCAGACUUCACAUCUUACACCGUAUGUGCAUUGGAUCACAGACUGAACUAAACGUUCAUCUGCCCACUGUCUGCACACCCUUGAAAAUCAUAUAAAUCUAUUCUGUUCCACAAGUAUUCUGUGUAUUCUUGUGUAGGAUAAAUAAACACACAAUACUGCAUGCAAA